AUGUAUUUCAAUUAAGAAUUAUUUAAAAAAGUUGAAAACCCUCUUAGGGACACGCAAAAACAUAAGAAAAUUGUGAUUAUGAGGUAUUACUACAAAUAAACAAUUUACUAUUUUAAUUAUCCUUAAAAAGCUAAUUAUUGUACUGUAAAAUUAUCGAUAUGAUUUAAUAGUUAAUACAUGGAUACUUAUAACAUAGUGAUUUCAUUUAAAUUUCGCUAUUUAACAGGAAUACAAUUAAUAUUGUAAGAAUUUUUCAAAGCAGAUUAAUUUAUUUUUUCCAUCAAAUUUAUCUAUGCAAGGGAAUGA